CAUGGUGGGUUGCAGCGCAAGACUGAUCUUUCUUCCAAUAUUUUACCGAUGAACUCAAGGACAAUAGAGAGCCAAAUCCAACCAACCGUUGGAGAGAAUAACUCUCACCAGCAGAAAACAAGAGAAGCUGCCGCGGAUUGCUUUGAUGCUAUAAGUGACCAGAAAGGAAAUAAUCCUCUAUUAGAUCAAACAAUUAAUUCAGACAUUGACUCUCUUCCCAGAAUCACGAGGGCUCAUAGACUUUGCUUUAGCCCAGGGCCUGUCUCCGAAGAUACAGAAUAUAGCUUGACUGAAAACAUUUUUUUGGAUAUUAACAAAUUUACUCAAGUAUGCGAAGCGAGAAGCCCAGCAAAAAGAAUUUAUCAAAGCAAUAUAUCUAAGCCACAUCAAUCCGAUACUCAACCCACAAAUGAUCUUCAGGAUUACUCAAUGCCAUCAACAAUUGACGAAGAAGCGCCACACUUGAAACAUAACUAUAACAUAAAAAAUAAUACCAUUGAUUCAUUCUAUGGAUUAGACGUGACAACUAAUUCAAAGUACCCAAGUAUAAACGAAAGCUGCUUUAUUAUGCAGGGUUUGGAGAUUGGAAAAGAUGACAGCCUGCCUGAAGAAUCUAAGGAAGAAUUGCCAUUUCCAUAUACUCAAAAGGUAAUCCACGAUAUUGAGUCUACAAAGCAACUUGCAUUCUCAUACUUUUCUGAUUUUUCAGUCUCAUCUUGUUCCGAUCAAAGAGAAAAGCAUGAUCUCUUUACCACCACAGACUUUCUUUCCUUGGCAGACUUUAAAGAAUUUUUGUGA